AAAGUUAUUAAAUUCAGCCUAACUCGUAAUAUCUCCCUAGACUCCUUCUCACAAUCUUUCUUCUAGUAUUAUGGAUUGAGCGUCUAACGGACGCGAGCGAAUUGAGGAAAUAUGCACUCUCCAAGAAUUUGCCACUUGUAAUUUGCCAUACCUACCUUUCCUCGUCUUUACUUGAUAUUAGAUCCUCCCUUCCGUCCUACUUCUUUGCAUUUAUAUUGGCCGCCACUUUUUACUCUAUACUCUUUAUAUAUGCCUUGCCAAUCACAACUCUAUUUUCAUCUCAAUUUUUUGUCUUACAACUAAUUAAUCUUCUUCUAUUGUUUUAUUUGUUGGAAAAAAUGGCAACUAAUUUGACGCUCACAAGGUUAUUGAAACAUGUUGCUGAAAAAUUCCCUACCCGCAACGCAUUAUCUGUUUCGGGAAAAUUCAUUGUCACGCAUGAAAGGCUACAACAACUUAUUGAACAAGCCGCGUCCCAACUCGUUGCUGCUGGUAUUCAGCCCGGUGAUGUGGUCGCUCUCACAUUUCCCAAUACUAUCGAGUUUGUGAUUAUGUUUUUAGCUGUGAUUCGAGUUCGAGCCACAGCAGCGCCACUGAAUUCAGCGUAUAUGCCCGAAGAGUUCGAGUUUUAUUUAUCAGAUUCCGAGUCUAAACUGUUGUUAAUUGCAAAAGAAGGAAAUGAGGCAGCUGAAGCAGCGGCUGCAAAGCUCAAUAUUCCUCGGAUUAAGGUGACUCUGCCCAAUUCUGAUUCCGAUGUGUCUCUCAGCCCGAGUAGUCCACUAUCAGAUUGUGAUUUGGUUUCAGAAAUUGUGAAUGAUCCAUCCGAUGUUGCACUUUUUCUACAUACAUCAGGCACCACCAGCAGACCAAAAGGCGUUCCCCUAACACAGCACAAUUUAGCAUCAUCAGUGAACAAUAUUAAAUCGGUUUACAAACUCACUGAAUCGGACUCUACAGUGAUCGUGUUGCCACUCUUUCAUGUUCAUGGAUUGAUUGCAGGAUUACUAAGCUCGCUUGGUGCUGGAGGAUCCGUAACGCUCCCUGCUUCCGGUAGAUUCUCUGCUUCAUCUUUCUGGUCUGACAUGAUCAAGUCCAACGCCACAUGGUACACCGCGGUGCCUACCAUUCACCAGAUCCUAUUGGACCGUCAUUUCAGCAACCCAGAGUCUUCUUACCCGAGACUCCGGUUCAUUAGGAGUUGCAGUGCUGCUCUUGCACCAUCCGUAUUGGCACGGUUAGAGGAAGCAUUUGGUGCGUCUGUUUUAGAGGCAUAUGCAAUGACAGAAGCAACACAUUUGAUGUGUUCAAAUCCAUUACCAGAAAAUGGUCCACACUUGCCAGGAUCAGUAGGGAAGCCAGUGGGACAAGAAUUGGGGAUAUUGAAUGAGAAUGGUGUGGUACAAGGGGCUGAUGAAAAGGGAGAAAUUUGCAUUAGGGGUCCAAAUGUUACAAAAGGGUAUAAGAAUAAUCCUGAGGCUAAUAAAUCUGCUUUUCAAUUUGGUUGGUUUCAUACUGGAGAUGUGGGAUAUUUGGACUCUGAUGGAUAUUUGCAUUUGGUUGGAAGGAUCAAGGAGUUGAUCAACCGUGGAGGGGAAAAGAUAUCUCCAAUUGAAGUGGAUGCAGUCCUUGUUUCUCAUCCGGAGAUUGCUCAGGCUGUUGCUUUCGGAGUUCCUGAUGACAAGUAUGGUGAAGAGAUAAACUGUGCUGUCAUUCCACGCGAAGGGUCAAAGAUAGACGAAGGAGAUGUGUUGGGAUUUUGCAAGAAAAAUUUAGCAGCCUUUAAGGUCCCCAAAAAGGUGUUCAUGACUGAUUCUCUUCCAAAAACUGCAACUGGAAAAAUUCAACGACGACUUGUUGCAGAGCACUUCCUUGCACAGAUCUCAACUGCUAAAGUGCCUAAGUUCGGAGCUUGAAAAUAAUACUAUCAUCUCUCAAAUAAUUAUUAUUAUUAACAUAUGAUUGUUGCUGGCAAUAUUAUUUUUUGUAGGCACAUUAAAAGUUGUUAAACACUCUUAUUUUUACAAUGAAUUUUUGUUAAGA